GGCAAAUCUAUACUGCAUCAAAUGGGUCUGCUGUCCAUCAUAUCGCUCAGUCUUAGUCGAACAUAAAAGCUCUGAGGUACCCUCAUUUUCGUCCAUUGUCAUUCUCAUCUCUUUGGACUGCUCAUCCACAGGAUACGAGAUCAUUGGAAAUCCGCGAUGGCAAAGAGCUACGAUUUCAUCGUUGUUGGUAGUGGUGCCGCUGGAACGAUCGUUGCAUGGCGACUAGCUCACAGCAAGAAGCAUCCUUCUGUUCUCUUGAUAGAGGCUGGUGGCAAGAAUGACUCGAAGUCCAUUCGGAUCGAUGCUGAGAGGUGGUUGCACAAAAUGAACCCUGAACAGAACUGGGGAUAUAAGAGCACUCCAGUCACAGGGUUUGAUGGGCGUGUGAUUGACUUUGACCGUGGUAAAGGUUUGGGUGGGAGUACAUCAAUCAACUUUUCCGUCUACACUGUCGGACCCAGAGAUGACCACGACGAAAUUGGCCGUAUCGUUGACGACGAAGAAUGGAAAUGGAGCAACGCACAACAGCGAUACAAACGAAUUGAAACGUAUCACGGUGCUCCAUCUGAUGCGUAUAAUAACCUGAAAAAGUAUCUCGACCCGAAACCGGAAGAUCAUGGAACCAAGGGUCCCAUUCACACAGGAUUUCCAAGAAUUGUCGAGCAGUCUGCGAUAGAUUUGAUGGACAUCUGGGCCAAGAACGGCACAAAGCUCAACCCGGAUCACAACUCUGGAGAUCCCACGGGUCUCGCAAUGUGCAUAUGGACCGCCUAUAAUGGAGUCAGGUCGACUGCUGCCGAUGCUCUGAACGACACACCCAAGAAUCUACACAUCAUGACCAACACGGAGGUCUCCCGGGUCAUAUUUCAUGGCACCAAGGCCGUUGGCGUUACAACUGUUACGGGGGAGGAGAUCUAUGCCAAUAAGGAAAUCGUUCUUUCAUGUGGCAGUCUCGACACACCAAGGAUCUUGAUGCAUUCUGGUGUCGGGCCCCAGGAUCAGCUGGAUAGCUUCAAUAUCCCCAUUGUGAGAGCCAACAAGAACGUGGGUCAGCACAUGAAAGAUCACCAUCACAUCGCAUUGCAGUAUGAGCAAUCGGAUCAUUGCUCUGAGCGUCAAACAUUUUACAGAGAUAAGCAGCUUCAGGCCGCAGCUAAGGCACAGUGGGAGAAGGACGGUACGGGACCCCUUGCAGAGUUCGCUUGUGCAAUGGGCAUAGGCUGGCUCAAGCUGGAAUCACUGUCAAAGUCGCUGGAGUUUCAUGAGCUGCCCGAGGAUCAGAAACGACAUUUGGAAGAGCCCACCGUACCUCAUUACGAGGUCCUACUCAAUAUGGCCCACGCGCCUCACUUCAUGGAUCCGGAACACGCGACUGCUGGGUGUACGAUCCUCGUGUUCGUGCUGAACAUGCAGUCCACAGGUUCUGCAACGCUACAGUCUUCUGAUCCCAAGGUGCCUCUGAAGUUUGAUCCCAAUUACUUCUCUCAUCCCUAUGACAGGCGAGUCGCAGUUGAGGCCACCCGUGAAGUGCUCAAGGUGAUUGGCAGCCCUGAAUUCAGCAAGGACAUCAUUGCCAUACAGGCAGCUCCAGCAAGCGAGUCAGAGGCUGAUAUUCUGGAGUACUGGAAGAAGAACUCUGGCAGCACGUGGCAUAUGAUGGGCACAACCAGAAUAGGACGGGACGAGGACAACGCAGUGGUGGAUAAGAACUUCAAGGUCUUUGGCGUGCAGAAUCUUCGAGUGGCCGACGCGGGCGUGAUCCCUAUUGUCGUCAGCAACCACACUCAGACCACAGCGUACCUCGUUGGUCUCACCGCUGGGGACAAGCUCGUUGCCGAGUAUGGCUUGGAUGACUAGAGCCGACUGCCUGUCUUGCACCACGCGAUACCGCGGUUCGCUUGGAACUCGGUAAUGCUUGGGGCCGGUAGCGACUGAUGCAAAAAUCUCGCUGAAGAGACAGCCAAGGCCACUACUUGGGAAGUGUUGUAGUAGAGAUCUAAAUUAAGUAGAUACAAGCUUUACACUGGAACUCGAGAUUUACCACCUACGUACCUUGUAUCCAGAAG